CUAUCGCGCUUUCUCGCCAUGGCAGUAUUUUGUCCCCAACUGCGAGCCGUAACAUGUCUCUCCUGGGCCACCGUAGAUCCGAACAGCGCAUAUGCUGUUCAUUCAAAUUCUUCGCGUGUUAUCUCGCAAAAUACCAUUUUUUAUUUAGUCUUAAAGAGCCAGGAAAGUGUCAAAAUGUCUGUCCAAAUAACAAAUUCCAACAACCCGAUUGUCUUCUUCGACAUAACCAUCGGAGGGCAGGAUGUCGGACGGAUGAAGAUCGAGCUGUUUGCUGACGUGGUUCCAAAGACGGCGGAGAAUUUCCGGCAGUUCUGCACUGGAGAGUUCAGGAAGGACGGAGUUCCUAUUGGGUUCAAGGCUUGCACCUUCCACAGGGUGAUCAAAGACUUCAUGAUACAAGGAGGGGAUUUUGUAAAUGGUGAUGGAACUGGCAUCUGCAGCAUCUACAGAGGUCCAUUUUCAGAUGAAAACUUCCGAAUGAAGCACUGUGCGCCUGGUCUUCUGUCCAUGGCAAACAGUGGGCCAGGGACAAAUGGAUGUCAGUUUUUCAUCACCUGCACUAAAUGUGACUGGUUAGAUGGGAAGCAUGUUGUUUUUGGAAAAGUGGUUGAUGGUUUGCUGAUCAUGAGAAAAAUUGAGAAUGUUACUACAGGACCCAACAACAAGCCCAAGCUCCCCAUCCUCAUUGCACAGUGUGGAGAGAUGUGAUCCAGCGAGAACUACACAACCUCUGUACACAUGAAGUAGUGUCUCAUAGUCACUUGAUACUCCUCAGCAAACAAAAACGCCACAUUUUUUCCUGUGUCGAUACAUUCGCCCAUAGUGCACAUUGAAGGACAGUAUAAAGUUCAGCAGUAUGUCAUUAUGGUCAUUUCUGUUUUGUAUAGCUAAUUCCAGGAUAACUUCUGCAUCCAAACCCAGAUCAGAUUAUUCACAUGGCAGGUGGGUUUUGGAUAGAAAAUGCGAUUUUCUUUUUUUGAUGCGAAACAUUCAAAUUCUUAUUUUAGUCACGCUGUGUUUCAAUUCUGAACAAUAAAUUGUUUUUACAUUUUGAUAAAC